AUGACCGUGACACAGGACCAUCCAGCAGGGAAUCCGGAUUUGCAUUCUCUCCGACCCAAGGCCAUCAUUCAGCCACUCCACAAUAGCAUCCCCGAGGAGUUGCUCACCCGUUUUGACCCAGUCUACGUGGAACACUACAAUAAGUACAACGCCGGACGAUUGCAUACGCAUGAGGUGCCCAUCGAGGAUUUUAGGAAGAACCCUGCGAAGUACUUGACGGCUUACGGCCGGGCGGUAGGCCCGGAUAUCCACCGCAUCACCGAACAGAAAUGUCCCGUGGAGGGUGGGGAAAUCCGAGUCCGGAUCUUUGAGCCCGCCCCGGUCCUGGAUGAGCAGGGGGUUCCCCGGAAAAGGGCGGCGUAUCUUAAUUUCCACGGCGGGGGAUGGGUGUUUGGAGACCUGGGAGCCGACCAUGAUUUCUGUAAGCGACUGGUACAUGGCCUUGAUGGACAGCUGGUAGCUAUCGAUGUGGACUAUCGAUUAGCCCCCGAGAACCGAUAUCCGAUCCCGGUGGAUGAUUGCUGGACAGCGUUUAAUUGGGUGCGGUCUGAGAAGGCAGAGGAGUUCAAUAUUGACCCGGAUCGGAUGGCCGUGGGAGGCGCCUCGGCCGGAGGGCACUUGGCAGCGGUGAUCGGCCAUCUCUGCCGUAACGCCGGCAUCCCACUCGGCUUGCAAAUCCUCACGGUGCCCGUCUGUGACCUGCAUAGCAUGUUCACUCCGGAUGGGCAGUUCGACCGCGAGAAUUGCCCCUACGAGUCGUACCGCGAGAUGGAAUUUACGGCCGCGCUGCCAGCAGCUCGAAUGGCAUACUUCCACCGACAUUUCCUCGGGGUGCCCCGACCCGCUCCGUCGGACGAGGACUGGAAGAUUUCCCCCAUGCUGGCCCCCGAUUUUUCGGGCUUGGCACCAGCGCUGGUGAUCACAGCUGAAAUGGAUCCUCUUCGAGACGAAGGACAGUUGUACUAUCAGAAACUGAAGGCCGCAGGGAAUCGGGCGGAGUUGAUGGGCGUGCCCGGGAUGCCCCACACCUUUGCCCACCUGGAUGGGAUUUUGGCGGGAGGACAGCGAUACAACGAGAAGGUUAUCGACACGAUCCGGCGGGAGUUGUUACAGUAA